AGCCGGAGUUCGUUUCCUGCGGGCGGCCCAUGCGUUAUUUACCGGAAUGCAAAUCCUAAAAAGAGGUCUUUUUGGUGUUUGCUGACAUUACUCCUUGACUACCUUUAACACCUGACAUCCCAUCAAGAGCAAGGAAAGAUGGCAGAUAAAGCUCCUUCUGUUGCUACGGACGCUGUCCUCAAGCGCAGCUGCAAACUUCCAGAGGGCACUCCGAUAAUCAGAGGCUACGACUUCAACGAGGGCGUGGAUCUCCAGGCCGUACUGAAGACUUACCUCACCACGGGUUUCCAGGCCAGCAGGCUCGGCUUGGCCAUUGAGGAGAUCAACCGUAUGAUUGAGAUGCGGCUGGAGCCUCAGGGGGUCGAAGGUGAGGGUGAUGACUAUAUCGGCGGGGUGGAACCCAAACUGGGCUGCACCAUUUUUCUGGGGUACACCUCCAACCUCAUCAGCUCUGGGGUCAGAGAGAACAUCCGCUACCUGGUGCAGCAUAAGAUGGUGGACGUGGUCGUCACCACUGCUGGAGGCAUCGAGGAGGACAUCAUAAAGUGUCUGGCUAGUGCUUACCUGGGAGACUUCAACCUGCCGGGCAAGGAGCUCCGUCAGAGAGGCAUCAACAGGAUUGGAAAUAUUUUGGUUCCCAAUGAUAACUACUGCAAGUUUGAAGACUGGCUGAUGCCGAUCCUGGACCAGAUGGUUUUGGAGCAGAACACUGAGGGCAUUCGUUGGACUCCCUCCAAAAUGAUCCAUCGUCUCGGUAAAGAGAUCAAUAAUCCUGAUUCGGUUUACUACUGGGCAUACAAGAACGACAUCCCCGUGUUCAGUCCGGCUCUGACUGACGGCUCACUGGGCGACAUGAUCUACUUCCACUCCUACAGGAACCCCGGUUUAGUUUUGGACAUAGUUGAAGAUAUUCGCAGAUUGAACAGCCAUUCAGUGUUUGCCAAAAGAACUGGAAUGAUCAUCCUGGGAGGAGGCGUGGUCAAACAUCACAUAGCGAAUGCCAAUCUGAUGAGAAAUGGCGCUGACUUCGCCGUGUUUGUGAACACGGGGAACGAGUUCGAUGGCUCUGACUCUGGAGCAAGACCUGAUGAGGCCGUGUCCUGGGGAAAAAUCAAACCUGAUGCCACUCCAGUGAAGGUGUACGCUGAUGCCUCUUUAGUCUUCCCUCUGAUGGUGGCAGAGACCUUCGCUCGCCACGCCGACAAGCUGACCGCCCUCAACAAGAAAAAAGACUAAGCGGCUCCCUUCUUCAAACGCUCUUUAGAAAUGGCGAGCAGCUUGUUCCUGUGUUGGAUCUUCUUUCUGGGACGGCAGGUUUUAGUAGUGAAGGUACUCAGCUAAGGCUACGCAGCGCUACAAAUGAAGCUGCCACUGUAAACUGAGUCAGCAGUUAGGGUUUCUGGUCUUUCCAUAACACUUUUUACUUGUCAAAACAAGGACAGUUCCCCAUCUUUUCAGAUUAUUGAACUAGCAUGGGUUGCAUGCUGCUGCAUGUACCAAAGAGACCGUUUUCAGGUUUUAUCUGCGUGUGAUUGUGUGAGAAGGAUGGAUGCUCCUGAGGCUUUAUCUCUUCCAGUUAAGUCGAGGCAUGACGCAUGGUCACAUCACUUGAUUCUUCUUUUUUUAUUUAAACCUUCAGCUGUUACAAGAUGCGACUGUGCAGCUCACUAAAUCAUAAAUGAACCUUGUUGGUCUGUAAUAAACAGAAUUUAUUGGUUUAUUACAAGCAGAGGCUGUGAGAGAGAAGGCCACAAGGGGUCCAUCAUGUGAAACUUUAAUUCACAUGACUGUGUUGUAUAAAGGAAGGAGGAAUGUUUCGCCUUAAGCUGGCUACACUCUGGAUGAUUUUGAGCCCAGUUCAGAUGAAAGAUUUACAACAAGGUGAGUUUAAACUUGCAAGUGGCUGCAUCUGGUUUGCCGUAUAGCUAGUGGACAUUAGCAGUGACCAGUGACUGCUGCAUGGAGCUGCAGCACCCUGCAUUUCCAUUCUCAAUCUUCUCUGAAUGAUGCAUGUUUACAUUAUCCAGCAAACUGCAGAAAAAAACUCAGAUGUUGACUUAAACUUAAGUUUUUGUUGUGCUGGACACAUCACAGAGACACUGUUGUGUCUACAGCAGAGGAGAAUCCCUGUCCUUACACCACCACCAGGAUGAAAGUUUGCAAAAUUCUGGACAGUUUGAUGCAUUUGCGGGGCGUCUGGGUGAAUUUUGCUGCUGUUUGGGAAGUAAAGGGUAAAGAAUUCUUCGAUUUUUAAGUAGAGGCAAGUGCUACUUAAGGCCCGCUCAGACUGCAUGAAUUCAGAUUUUGGCUCGACUGCAACGUCCCGGCUCAUUGUCAAACCUCGGGAUUGGUCUUGUAGACGCCCCGCGACCACGACUCAACAAGAUCAGCAUGUAAGAAAUUUUCUGACAUCAUCAAUUUGACACUCUGACCUCAGUGACGUGAAUCCUGACGCCAACCAACAGGAGAGCAUUUGCUCCUUCACUUUUCAUCUUCUUGACAUUUUAUCAGAUUAAUACCUCAAGUUCUGUUUGAAGGAGAAUGGGUUCAUGUUCUGCUAUUGAUAAAUCGGGAUAAAGCCUUAAAUAUUAUCCAUAAUCCAGUCCAUGAUUAUUUCUUGUUUUGUUUCUUUCCUUGUCAGAGCAAAAGACUGCUAGCAUCACAUAGAGCACUUUAAUGAUCCUCUCUCUUUGACCGUCCUCCCUGACGACCUGUGACCUCAGACACAGUCAGAGACGGUGGUGUCAUCAGCUGUCUACAAUUUCCACUCCCGGCGAAUUGUACUGCAGAGCAGAUCGCUCCCUCUCUAUCAGAGCAUUUCCACAGCCGGCGCUCCAGACCAGUGGCGGCACGUGCCUGGAGCGCCACUUCACUCCGCUCUGCUUCGUUCGAAAUAUGCUGCAGGUCUAUUUGCAGCGCCGGCUGCUGCCAAACCGCUUCAAUACCUAUCAAUCAGUAAGCUCCAAAAAAGGAAGCCACAAGCAUAGAAUAUCCGGCUCUUUAAAAAUAAAACAUAAUGCACGGACUGCUGGUCUUAAAUCAUCACUAUAUAAACAUUACGUCUCAUCCUGCAGCGAGAGCAAAGGGUCGCUGAGAGGUCAGUGGGUCACAGAGCUACAAUGGUACCAUUGACGAGGAAAAGUUAACUUUUGGGGACAUUUAGCCAAGGAAUGUUACAUUAAACCACAGAUCCUUUAAACAAACAUUUACAUUUUUAACUUCCUAAUGUACUCACCUAAUGGUAGAAGCAAUAAUAUCAUGGACUUAUACCAAAAAGGAUGAUAAAUUAACCCCAAAAGGUAAAAUAGACCGAUGCUGACAUACUAUUCCUGUGUGAACUUGCAGUUCUCCCGUGAUCUCCCAUGCCGCUUCAGUCUGAUCAGGUUGAUUUUGUAGCUCACACUCGCUUGCAUCACAUCCAGUUAAGACUCAGUAAUAAGCUGGAUUUUGAGCCCAGGUUGCCCAGUCUUUAAUGGGCUGAUGUGGCCUGAUUCAAAGCUUUUUGCAGCAGACACUUCUCCCAAAUAUUCCAUCAGUGUGUGGUGUGGAAAUGAUUAUUUUACUUCACCUCACUGAAUCACCGCUUUGCCUGAUUUUGAUUUGUAAAUGUUGAACAUGUUUGAUAUUUAGGAUUGCAGAUCGAGCUGCCUGCGACAGAACAUCUACAGUAGUGAAUGAGCAUGAGUGGACUAAGAAACGUCACUGACUGAAUGUUGAUUUUGUAGCCCUUAAACAUAAGCACAGCUUUACCGCCUUCCCAGCCACACCUCAUCCACACCUUUUCCUUUGAUUUUUGAUUAUCGAGUUUCUGUGAGAUCUGGAGCCUUUCUAAUUCUUGCAACAAAUGGCAGGUUUGUGGUCUGGCCUGGGUUCAGAGGAUUACAGAAUUAAAAUCGGUUUGAACUGUUCUCCCAUCUGUAGUCUCACAUUUCUCUGAUUUUAGAUCGUCCCGUGUGUAGCCAGCCUUCCAUGGAGUGAAAGAUUAAUGCUGGACUUUGUAAAUAUAAUCUGAAUAUUUAGUUUCAUUUGAACCCACAGUGGUCCCUUUAUUGGGCAUCUGCAUGUAAUUUCAGCUCAACACAGCUCCAUGUCUACAUUUUAACAUGUCUAGUUAUUGAUCAGGAAUGUCUGGAUUCAGCUGUGCUGAAUAUUGAGGUUGUAGUUGAGGAAGUUUUCAUUUUUUGUGCUUUUAUUUUAAUGCACAAGGUACAAAAACAUGAAAAAACCUCUUUAAAUACAUUCCUUUCUUAGACUAUCAAUGACUUAAAUGCUUACACACUAUAAUUUUCCCUCAGUUCUAUGAGUGUUUAGAAUAACUGGACAUUAUAGCAUCAUAAACGUCAGCUUUAUGGCACAACAGUUGUGUUGGAUUGCAUUUGCAGUACAGGUGUAUGUAAUAAAACAUCCACUGAGUUUAUUCAUCUCUUUUCUAAUCCUAAAUUUAACAUGUUUGUCUUUUUCUGUUUAAGAGACUCAAUUAUUGCUCUGUAAACUUUGGUGUCCUCUCUUUUUGAAAUUGCUGUUCCUAAUAAAAACAUUCAGCUCUC